AUGGCAGCAAAAUCUUUGGGCUUCGCUGUGUCUGUGAGUCACCUCCUCGGUUCCAAGUCGCCACCUAAGCUUUGCGUCUUUACUAUAUCAGAUGUUUUGCCAAUGGGGCUUGAAGAAAUUGAUCAAGCAAAGUCCUUUGGUGCAGCAGGAACCCAAGUGGGUGAAGUUGUUUUUAAUACAUCAUUGACUGGGUAUCAAGAAAUUCUAACAUAUCCUAGUUAUGCUGGUCAAUUUGUGCUGAUGACAAACCCGCAUAUUGGUAACACUGGUGUAAAUUUGGAUGAUGAGGAAUCAAGACAGUGCUUCCUUGCUGGUCUAGUAAUUAGAAGUUUGAGUAUCAGUACCUCAAGCUGGAGAAGUGUAGAAACACUAGGUGAUUACUUAGCAGAAAGAAAUAUCAUGGGAAUUUAUGAUGUUGACACACGAGCAAUCACACGCAGAUUACGGCGAGAUGGCAGCCUCAUUGGUGUGUUAAGUACUGACAAUUCUGUAACAGAUGAGGAACUACUUAAGAUGUCUCAUUCUUGGGACAUUGUUGGUAUUGAUUUAAUUAGUGGAGUGUCAUGUCGAGCUGUGCAUGAAUGGGUUGAUAAAACUAAGCAAGAAUGGGAUUUUAGUUCUAGGGGGAGUGAGGAGAUUUUCCAUGUUGUGGCGUAUGAUUUUGGAAUCAAGCAUAAUAUACUUAGGCGCUUGGCGUCUUAUGGCUGUAAAAUCACUGUUGUACCAUCUACGUGGCCAGCAACAGAAACCUUGAAGAUGAAUCCAGAUGGGGUGCUAUUUAGCAAUGGCCCUGGAGAUCCAUCUGCUAUUCCUUAUGCCAUUGAGACAGUAAAGAAAAUUCUGGGAAAGGUGCCUGUUUUUGGAAUUUGCAUGGGCCAUCAAUUGCUGGGUCAGGCUUUAGGAGGCAACACCUUUAAGAUGAAAUUUGGUCAUCAUGGAGGAAAUCAUCCGGUUCGUAACCUUCGAACAGGCCAUGUUGAAAUUAGUGCUCAGAACCACAACUAUGCGGUCGACCCUGCCACGCUGCCAAAAGGAGUGGAGGUUACACAUAUCAAUCUUAAUGAUGGAAGUUGUGCUGGCCUUGCUUUCCCUGCUCAAAGAAUAAUGUCUCUUCAAUACCAUCCCGAAGCCUCCCCAGGACCUCAUGAUUCUGAUUACGCUUUUAGGGAGUUUGUAGAAUUAAUGGAGCAGCAGAAAAGCAAGAAACCUGAACCCAGAUUAUCAACAGUGUCUGACGCAUAA